AACUAGUAUUUAAAAAGAAACACACACACAACACUCUGCUUUAUAUACUCAUCCCACACCUCACACUACCACUCCCUCAUCUUAUCCUCCCCUCAAAACCACCACCCUCUCCCCCGCCGGAAAAAUGCAGCUCCGGCAAGUCACCACCCUCUCCCUCCUCAUCGCCAUUGUCUUCGCCUCCGCCGCCUCCGCCCACAACAUCACCCGCAUCCUCGCCAAACACCCCGAAUUCUCCACCUUCAACCACUACCUCACCAUCACCCACCUCGCCGCCGACAUCAACCGCCGCCUCACCAUCACCGUCUGCGCUGUCGACAAUGCCGGCAUGGCAGACCUCCUGUCCAAGCACCUCUCGGUCUACACCAUGAAGAACGUCCUCGCUCUGCAUGUCUUUGCAGAUUACUUCGGCGCCAAGAAACUGCACCAGAUCAGCGGAGGCACCACGCUGACGGCCACCAUGUUCCAGGCCACCGGCGAAGCCGACGGAACCUCCGGGUACGUCAACAUCACCGACGUUAAAGGCGGGCGUGUCGGCUUCGCCCCGGAGGAUAACUCCGGAGCACUCAAUUCCUACUUCGUAAAGACUAUCGAAGAAAAGCCUUAUAAUAUCUCCGUAAUUCACAUUAGUCAUAUUUUAUCGUCUCCCUCCGCGGAGGCCCCCACCGCGGCCCCGUCCCUCAAUGUAACCGAUGUCAUGAGACUAAAGGGCUGCAAGGCCUUCGCAGACCUUUUGGUUUCUGAAAAAGCAGAGGACACUUUCGUUCAAUCUGUUGAAGGUGGAUUGACUGUGUUUUGUCCAAGUGAUGAUGUUCUCGAAGAUUUCAUGCCGAAGUACAAGAACUUAACAGCUGCUGGUAAGAUGGCAGUGUUGUUGUACCACGGUGUUCCAGUUUAUAAUUCGAUGGGGAUGUUGAGGUCGAAUAAUGGCCUAAUGAACACUCUGGCUACCGAGGGUAAAAACAAGUAUGAUUUCACGGUGCAGAAUGAUGGGGAGUCUGUGAAAUUGAAGACCAAGGCCGUGACAGCUACCGUGUCCGGGACCUUGGUUGAUGAGGAGCCACUGGCUGUUUACAAAAUUGACAAGGUUUUGUUGCCCCGGGAGUUGUUUAAGGCCGUUAAGGAGGAGCUGGCGCCUGAGCCAGCGCCAGCUCCCAAGGGCGCCAAGAAGAAGCCCAAGGCUAAGGCCAAGAAAGGCGAGACGAGUGAGGACGAGGAUGCAGCUGAUGCUCCCGGGCCUGAUGGAUCCGAGGACGAGGAUCCAGCGGAUGACACGGCUAGUGAUGAGAAUGGUUCGGUGAGGAUCAGGGGUGUGGGAAUGAUGGUGGUGCCAUUGAUUUUUGGGGCGGUCAUGUUUCUUUGAUUGAGCUUGGAUUUGUGAUCAAUAAUUUGGGAUUAUUUGAAUGGGUAACAUAUUACAUCUUGUUAUAGAAAUGGUUUUCUUUUUUCUUUUAUCGUUUACAAAGUGUUCUUGUUAAAUUAUUUGCUUCUUUUCUCCAUCAUUCGGUUUUGUAAUUAUCUCAGAAUUAGUACUGUGUGAUAAUAAUUCCUGUUUCACUAUGAGCUGUGAAUACAUUUUGUUCUUCUGUAA